CCCGGCAGGCCGCGGGUUGUAGUCCGGGUGCUGCCGCGGGCACGGCGGUCUGGACGUGGUGGCUUUCCGUCUGUGUCCAGCAGCGCGGCCGUACGCCGCAGCCUGGGUCCAGCAGCCGCGCCAGGAUGUUGCCCCUCUCCAUCAAGGACGAUGAGUACAAGCCGCCCAAGCUCAACCUGCUCAGGAAGGUGUCGGGCUGGUUCAGGUCCAUCCUGAAGGACAAGACCUCCCGCAACCUGUUCUUCUUCCUCUGCCUCAACCUCUCCUUCGCCUUCGUGGAGCUGCUCUACGGCAUAUGGAGUAACAGUUUAGGUCUAAUAUCAGAUUCUUUUCAUAUGUUUUUUGACUGUACUGCUCUAUUGGCUGGAUUAGCAGCUUCAGUUAUUUCAAAAUGGAGGUCAAACGAUGCUUUCUCCUAUGGGUAUGUUCGAGCAGAAGUACUUGCUGGUUUUGUAAAUGGUUUAUUCCUCAUCUUUACAGCAUUCUUCAUUUUUUCUGAAGGUGUUGAGAGAGCACUCGAGCCUCCUGAUGUGCAUCAUGAAAGACUUCUUCCUGUUUCUAUACUAGGAUUCAUUGUAAAUCUUAUAGGAAUAUUUGUUUUUCAACAUGGAGGUCAUGGGCAUUCACAUGGCUCUGGUCAUGAACACAGCCAUUCUCUAUUUAAUGGUGGUCUCAGCCAUGGACACAGUCACGGAGGUCAUGGUCACAGCCAUGAACAUAAACAUGGUCAUGGACACACUCAUGAUCAUGGUCAUGGACACUCUCAUGGUCAGGAUUACUGUCAUGGUGACAAUUCCCUUGAAGGGAUGGCUGGAUCCAGCAAACAGAUUUUACAAGGUGUAUUUCUGCACAUUGUUGCAGACACGCUGGGAAGUAUUGGUGUGAUCAUAUCUGCUAUACUGAUGCAGAACUAUGGUCUAAUGAUAGCAGAUCCUAUUUGUUCAAUGCUGAUAGCACUACUUAUAGGUGUAAGUAUUGUUCCACUUCUAAAAGAAUCCAUUGGAAUUCUGAUGCAGCGAACUCCUCCUUCCCUGGAAAACACUCUGCCUCACUGCUAUCAGAGGGUGCAGCAGCUGCAAGGAGUUUACAGUUUACAUGAGCCCCAUUUCUGGACCCUCUGUACUGAUGUUUACAUAGGGACUUUGAAAUUGCUAGUAGCUCCUGAUGCUGAUGGAAGGUGGAUUCUAAGCCAGACUCACAACAUUUUUACUCAGGCAGGAGUAAGACAGCUUUACAUACAGAUUGAUGUUGCAGCCAUGUAGUGAAUUCCUGAACUUGUGCUGUUGGACCAAAGUUUUCUGUACUGUACUGGUAGAACAACACACUUCUCGAGACAGAGCCUGCCUCCACCACUGCUCUGGAAUGGACUGAAUGGAUUUCUGCCCUUGGGCUAUGGAUGGACUUCACCUCUAGGGAGUAAAUUUUGAAUGAAUGUUACGGACUUUGGGUCUUGAUUUAUUUUGUGGCCCCUAAACUUGUAAGGUUUUGAGGGUUUUUUUACUUCCUAAGAUUACGGUACUGGAAACCCUGUCAUGUCUUCAGUGAAGCUGCUGAAACCAUUGCUCAUUCCCAUAAAACCAGUGUUCUCAACCAUUGGAAACUCGUUUUGUAGAUGAUGUCACAGUGGCUGACAUGCUUCAAUAUAAUCGUAUGUUUGUACAAUUGUUUGUACUUUGCAAACUUAAUGAACCAAACCAUAUUGGGUUUUCAAAGUGCCUUUUAUAUCAAGAUAGGUAUUUGCCAGCAUAAAUCAGGAGCAUCAAAGGGUUUUAUUACUUUUACAAAUAUCUUGUAUGCAGUCUGAUUAUUUACUAGUGACAUAUGUGGGGGUUUGUGUACUCACAUAACUUUAGAUGUUAGACUUCCCUUGCACUUGCAUCUUACCAGGCAGCAGAAUUCCAAUGUAAAAGGCAAAGAGACUUGCUUCCAAAACAAGCUGGAUAUCUUACUGCACACCUUGUGGAAAUCACUUUUGUCAAAAUACUACAUUUACUUCCAAUUCUUAAUCCCCUCAUACAGUUGAGGGUUAUGAGAUAUUACAUGAUGCUACUCAUGUUCUUAGUCCCUGCAACAGGCAGCUUGGGGAAGAUGCUGGUGAUGGAAGCAAUCCUUGAAGUGUUUUUUCUUCCAAAUUACAUGGUGGGAAAAAUUGAAGCUUUCACUAAACCAUUUAGGGAUUUAACCUCCUUGAUUUUUAAUAGGUUGUAAUGACUUUUAUUAAAGUGAUUGGUGAGAGAACUUUUGCCUUUCCAAAUACUGAAAACAGUUGUUCCUGGUGGUUAUACCUGCAAUGGAAAUAUGGACCAUGGUUCAUGCCCUUUAAGAUUAGGCUUUUCCCUGGUUGACAAGUCUGGUGUUUGUUACUGUCUCAUUGCAGCCUUGUGUGUUUUCAUGGAAAAAGGAGUUCUCCAUGCAGUACACUUUGCUCUGAGUGUUGUUGCAAGACAAUCUGCUAUACUUGGUAUUACAGGUGAUAAUUCCACUAUGCUGUAGUAGUUAACUUAGCAAUGGAAGACUCUAAGAGAAUGUUUUAUGCACAGAACAUUGUGGAGUCAAAAACAAGAUGGGCAUUUUCCUGAUAAAUCAUAGCCAGUACUGACUGGGAUGGACUUCUGGUACUGGGAUAUUCUUCUGGUACCUGACACAUGGCAACAGUGAAAUCAAGGCCCUCUGAGGCUGACAGUGGUUGUGUAGGAAGUACCAGGCACUGUGAAAGUACCUGAGAUUCAUUGUGGAAAUGGUGGAAAAUGUGGAAAUUUGCCACUGGUAUUGCUGAAUUCACCUCAGAGGUGAAGCUCCUUGCAUUCCUUCUGUCAUUUCUAUAAAGCACUACAUUUUUAUCUUUAAUGUGAAAACAUGAUGGUUGCCAAAUUGAUCGGUUGUUCCUGAAUUUUCCAGGUGAGAUAUUGAAACCUGAAUGUUGAUUUUGUGCAAAGCUUGGGGAUACAUUCUUGUGCUUGAAUUGAAAACUGGGCAUGAAGAAAAAUAGGAGUAGAAAGCCACAUACAUGUCGCUUUUAAGCUUUACAGCCUCUUCCAGUCUUCAGAUCUUCUUUAUCCCUGUUGCUGGUUCCUGAUGCUGUCUGGUUCUGCUGGGGAUGCCCACAGCACUGUUCCACAUCUCUCCUGGCCUUCUGCUUGCACACAUCUGCCUCCCUGUCUGUCUGCCCUUGUAGGUGCUCUGCCAGGCGUGGAGUUUCUGACUGGAGGAUGGGAUCAGACAGCUCCACAGCACAGGGUAGGGUGCCAAAAUCUUCUGAGCAGAUCUAGGUGCUGCAGUUUAAGAUACCACUUGCAUGUAUGUUCACAGACAAGGUGAUUAAAAUCUGGUUCUGAUGACAGGGCAGAGAUCCCUCA